AUGAUGGAGACUAAGAGGCCAUUUCUAGUGGGAGUUCGUUCGUGGAUCACUUUGUGCUCGACUCUACUGCUGUUUUUUGGACAGUGCGCUUUGGCUCAGAUCAGAUACUCUGUUCCGGAGGAGGUGAAGGACGGGACUGUGGUUGGAAAUGUCGCAAAGGAUCUUGGUCUUGAUGUUGCCUCUUUGGGUGAGAGACGGUUCCGUAUUUCUGAAACAAAGGACGUUAUUUUUGCUGUAAACGCAGAUAAUGGCGCUUUGUACGUCCACGGCCGCAUUGACAGAGAGCAGCUGUGUCAGGGCAGCGGUACGUGUCUGAUGGAGCUGAAGGUUCUGGUGGAAAACCCUUUGGAAGUUCACUAUGUGGUUGUAGAAAUCACUGAUGUCAAUGACCACGCACCCACCUUUCCUAAAAGAAAUGAAACUAUAGAAAUAUGGGAACAAUCUUUACCAGGAAAACGAUUUCAGCUGCAUCCUGCUCGUGAUCCUGACGCAGGAAUCAACUCAAUUCGCACCUACACUUUAUCUGCAAACGAACAUUUUGACGUCAAUGUUCGCGAAAGUGAUUUGAGUAAAACUCCGUUUUUGGUUUUAAAGAAACCUUUAGAUCGAGAGCAAAGCAAAGCACAUCAUCUGCUUCUUACCGCUGUGGAUGGAGGUAAACCCAGAAAAUCAGGGACGUUAAAUGUUACAGUUAUUGUUCUGGACAGUAAUGAUAAUAGACCAGUUUUUACACAGGAGGUUUAUGAAAUUUCACUGCCAGAAAAUGUUGAAAUAGGAACAGUAGUAAUUGCUCUCACUGCAACCGAUGCUGAUGAUGGAAUAAAUGGAGAAAUAGAAUAUAGUCUCAGAGAAUCAUUGAUUCAAGGGGUUAAAAACGUAUUUAAAAUAGAUACAAUUUCAGGUGAGAUUACAAUGAAAGCAUCAGUUAAUUUUGAAGAAACUGAUCAAUAUGAAUUAGACAUAGAGGCUUCAGAUAAAGGCACGCCCCCAUUGACAGGUGAAUGUAGAGUCGUUAUAAAAAUCAUAGAUGUCAAUGACAAUUCACCUGAAAUAGAUAUGACUUCUUUGUCAAACACAGUGUCUGAAGACUCCAAACCAGGGACAGUUAUUUCACUCAUUAGUGUAACAGACAAAGAUUCAGGCGUCAAUGGUAAAAUCAUCGCGCACAUAACAAACAACGUGCCUUUUGAGCUAAAACCCUCGUAUAAAGAAAACACAUAUUCAGUUGUCACUAAGGAUUUCCUGGACAGGGAGGAGGUGUCAAAUUAUGACAUAACAAUAAAAGCCACUGAUUGUGGUGAGCCUCCUUUAUCCACCACUAAAACUCUGAGUAUUCAGAUAUUAGAUGUAAACGACAACAGUCCACAGUUUGAACAAAACCCUCUGUACUUUUAUAUUGUAGAAAAUAACGUGUCAGGGACGUCACUGUUCUCUGUAACUGCAUCAGACAAAGAUAAGAAUGAAAACGCAGAUAUUUCCUACAGCAUUGCGCGCACAGGACAGGAGAAGGACGUGGCGCUCUUUUUAAACGUGAACGCGGAAAAUGGUCAAAUCACUGCGCUGAAAAGCUUUGACUUUGAGACAUUAAAGUCGUUCCAGUUUCAAGUGGUGGCCUCAGACUCUGGGACUCCGUCACUGAGCAGCAACGUGACAGUGCACGUGUUCAUUCUGGAUCAGAACGACAACGCUCCAGUCAUUCUGUAUCCAGUCAGCUCUAACGGUUCUGCUGAAGGAGUGGAGGAGAUCCCCCGCAAUGUGAACGCGGGACACUUGGUGACUAAAGUCAGGGCCUAUGACGCUGAUAUCGGAUAUAACGGCUGGCUGCUGUUUUCACUGCAGCAAGUGACUGACCACAGUCUGUUUGGGUUGGACCGCUACACAGGACAGAUCAGGACACUUCGCUCAUUGACAGAGACAGACGAGGCCGAGCACAAACUCGUCAUACUGGUCAAAGACAAUGGCAACGUGUCCCUGUCAGCUACAGCUACUGUGCUUGUCAAAGUGGUGGAGCCCAGAGAGGCUUUUGCAGCUUCUGAUGUUAAGAGCUCCACUAAAGACUCUGAGGACACUAAUGUGACUUUUUACCUCAUGAUAACUCUGGCCUCGGUCUCAGCUCUGUUCAUUAUCAGUAUCAUUGUGCUGAUUGCAAUGCAGUGCUCCAAGUCGAGCACUGACUACACGUCCAAGUACUUACAGGACACAAACUAUGACGGGACUCUGUGCCACAGCAUCCAGUACAGAUCUGGAGACAAGCGCUACAUGUUAGUUGGACCCAGAAUGAGCGUAGGAUCCACUAUAGUCCCAGGGAGUCAAGCCAACACACUGGUGCUGCCUGACAGGAGGAGGCCCUCUGAGGAGGUAAGAAGUAUUAUAUUUUGUUCAGAACUUCUGUUUCACUUAAAUAGGAAUGAACAGUUCUUGUUCUAUUUUAAUUGUAGUUUUAAUGACGGAUGUCCUUGGUGCUGA